AUGACUUCUAUACUCAAUCGAGCCAUCAACGUCUACUCUUUACCUUCUGUAUUGCUCGAUAACCUUCAAGUUCGUUCCAUCCAAGCUGAACCUCCUUCCUCCGCCACCGCUGGACCUUCAACUGCCGUGAUUCCCACCGGGAAGCCAACUGAGAAUGGAUUGAUCAAGAGUCAAGUCGGAAGUGGAUUGUUCAGUUGCCAAACAUGUCCACAAGCCACAUUUGAGACUGUCCAAUCGCAGAGAGAACAUUUUCAGAGUGAUUGGCAUCGAUAUAAUAUGAAAAUAAAACAGAAUGGUGUGGUGACAGCAGAACAAUUUGAUCAGAUGGUAGAGAACCUAUCAUCCAUAUCCGGUUCCGAAUCCGGUUCAUCAUCUUCAUCCUCGAAUUCCUCAGACCAAGACAAAGUUUCUAAACUCCUUCGACGUCAACGUCUUCAACCUAUCAAUGAAGAUGAAGAAGCUCUUGAGCUUGCUGAUCGACAACGACGAGCACAUCUACGAACAGCCAUUAUUUGGUUUGCUCCCAAUAGUCCCAUUGAACAAUUGGGAAUACCUAAGGACACUCAGUUCGGUAUCCACAGAGCCUUAUUCCCACCUUUCGAACGAGCGACGGAAUAUCUUGAUGAGUUGAAGAAGAUGCAAUUGUCAAAUCAAAACCAAAUGAAGAAUGGAGAGGAGGAAGAGGAGGAGGAGAGAAGGAUGACUUUGUUGAUGGUUGCCGGAGGACAUUUUGCAGGGAUGGUAGUUGGUAUAAGACCAAAAGGAAAGGGAGAGAAACAAGAUGUGAAAGGGGCUGGAGAAGUGAGGGUUCUACAGCACAAGACAUUCCAUAGGUAUACCACUCGAAAGAAACAAGGUGGUUCUCAAUCCAUUAACGAUAAUGCCAAAUCCAAAGCCAUCUCAGCAGGUGCCAUGCUACGUCGAUAUGGAGAACAAGCACUUCAAGAAGAGAUCAGAGCUUUGAUGGUUGAAUGGAAAGAAGAUAUCGAUUUGUCGGAACGUAUAUUUAUUCGUGCUAGUACACAUGGUAGAAAAAGCUUUUGGGGUUAUGAAGGUGCUGUUUUGGACAAGGGGGAUCCUAGGAUCAGAGUAUUUCCUUUUCCUACUCGUAGACCGACACAAUCCGAAUUAUUGAGAUGUUGGCACGAAUUGAUCAGAGUUCGAAUAUCUCAUCUUACCGAAGAAGCUCUUCGUCAACAAGAUGAAGAAUAUAUCACUUCACUACAACCUCGAAAACCGACCAUCAAACCUUCUCCCCUCCCGUCUCCCAUCACACAACCGGUACAGAAGAAAGACCCCGAAGAAAUAGCUAGAGAAGAUCGUCAUCGUCGAUUAGAAGAAAUGAUCAUCAAAGGUCGUUUAGAAUCUCUUCGUCCUUUUUGGGAAAAGUACAAAUCAGGAUUCUCCUCCGAUGUUCUUUCUAUCGCUUCUCAAGCGGGACAAGAAGAAAUAGUGAAGUUUUUGCUAGAAGAAAAGGUUGAUCCCACUUUACCUUUGGAUGAUGGGGCAAGGCGAUCAUACGAUGUGGCUAGUACUAAAGGCGUACGGAAUGUUUUUAGAAGGAUGGCGUAUGAUCAUCCUGAUUGGUGGGAUUGGAAAGCUGCUCAUGUUCCUAGUGGUCUGAGUGAGGAGCAGGAGGUAGCACAGGAACAAAAGAAGAUGGAGAGGAAAAGGGGAUUGAGGGAGAAGAUGAAAGAACGUGAAAAGUCUAAAGCUGUAGAGGUUGUCGAACCUAUUCAACAAGUCAAGCAAGAGACGUCGAGCGUUAUAGGACCUACCCAAAAGUUGGGAGGGAAAAGUGGAGAAGGAGGUUUAGAGGGAUUGAGUAAUGAGAUGAGGUUGAAGAUUGAAAGAGAGAAAAGAGCCAGGGCGGCAGAAGCUAGAUUCAAGUGA